AUGGCGUGGUACUGCUCCGGAUCCACCAACACCGAGCUGGUCGAGAACCUGUUCAAAGGCGGCUUGAUCAAAAAUGAUCGCGUGAAGGAAGCCAUGCUAGGAGUCGAUAGAGCCCACUAUGCACCUUCACGACCAUACUCAGACUCACCACAAUCCAUUGGCCACGGCGCUACAAUCUCAGCACCACACAUGCACUGCCACGCAUGUGAGUAUCUAAUCGACCACCUCUACCCAGGAGCCCGGGUCCUAGACAUCGGAUCCGGGUCCGGAUACCUUACGCAUGUCCUAGCAAAUCUAGUGACCGGGCCCGGCACCUCGGAUAAAGGACAGGUAAUAGGCAUCGACCACAUCCACGAAUUAGUCGAACUAGCAAAAGACAACAUGGACAAAUCCACCGAGGGCCGCUCGCUUCAGGAAUCCGGUAAAGUGAAAUUCGUCAAAGGUGACGGCCGCCUGGGAUGGAAAGAAGAAGCACCAUAUGAUGCCAUUCAUGUCGGUGCUGCUGCCGAGGCUCUCCAUCCGGUUUUGAUUGAGCAGCUUGCUGCUCCGGGGAGGUUGUUUAUUCCGGUUGAGUCGGACCCGAAUGAUGAGGAUGGGAGUUUAUUGGGUGGGAUUGGGGGCCAGUAUAUCUGGGUUGUGGAUAAGAGGAAAGAUGGGUCGAUUUUUAAGGACAAGGUUUUUCAGGUUAGAUAUGUGCCUUUGACGGAUGCGCCUGGAUCAUGA